CGCGUGUCUUCCUGCGUCGCCGCCCUUAGUGGGAAGGAGAGAGAGUGGAGAGCGAGCGGUUUCUCGCGGAUCUGGACAGAAAAGCGGGGCGAUAGAGGCUUGCGGAGGAGCUGAGGCUGUGUUUCUAAGAUCCUGAAUCGUACUGGACGGACGUCUCCCUUGCUGAAGCUGCACCCUGGACGGUGGUGAUCAUGGCGCUGUCGUUUAAGAAGGAUCUGGAAAAGUACAAAGAAAUCGACGAGGAUGAAAUCCUCAAUAAGCUCUCGGAGGAGGAGCUCAAACAGCUGGAGAGCGCUCUGGAGGAGCUGGACCCUGAGAAUGCACUGCUCCCUGCAGGCCUAAGGCAAAAGGACCAGACAGUGAAGACGGCAACUGGACCCUUUAACCGGGAUAACCUGCUGCAGUACCUGGAGAAAGAGGCGCUGGAAUAUAAAGACAGAGAAGAUGUGGUUCCCUUCACAGGAGAGAAGAAAGGAAAGGUAUGGGUACCUAAAGAGCAGCCAAUCGAGUCCCGCAAGGAGGAGGUAACGACUCUGGACCCAGAGCUAGAAGAGGCUUUGUCCAGCGCUACUGACACAGAGCUGUGUGACCUGGCAGCUAUCCUUGGAGUGCACACGCUCGUGACGAGCACACAAACCUAUGACGGGACCACCAGCAAAGAGAGCUACAACAAUGUAAUUAAAGGGGAAAAAGUGAAGCCUGUUUUUGAUGAGCUGCCCAACCCAACUAACGUGGAGGAAACUCUGCAGAGGAUAAAAUCCAACGACCCCUCGCUCACCGAGGUCAACCUCAACAACAUCAAGAACAUUCCCAUCCCCACGCUGAAAGACUUCGCCAAAGCCAUGGAAAAAAACACGAACGUCAAAAAGUUCAGUUUAGCGGCAACACGCAGCAACGACCCCAUUGCAGUGGCGUUUGGGGACAUGCUGCGAGAGAAUAAAGGGUUGAGAAGUUUGAACUUGGAGUCAAAUUUCAUCACCGGGGCUGGAGUUCAGGCACUAGUGGAGGCUCUACGAGACAAUGAUACACUCUCCGAGAUCAAGAUCGAUAACCAGAGGCAGCAACUGGGCACCACAGUGGAGAUGGAGAUCGCCAAGAUGCUGGAGACUAACAGCAGCAUAGUGAAGUUCGGAUACCACUUUGCCCACCAGGGCCCACGAGCCAGAGCUGAGGCCGCCAUCACCAAGAACAACGAUCUAGUGAGAAGAAGGCGCUUGGAGAGGGACGCAUAGCGGAUUCUCUCGCUCUUUCUCCUGCUCUCUCGCUCACUCUCUCCAUCUCUGAAGAUGAGUCUCGUGCCAAACUCCUGAGAGAGUGUGGCGUUUUACCCUGAAUAAGGGACACAACUGGAAAAAGUCCACCAUUUGGCUCUCAACCACCUUGUUUUGUUGUUAUCUUAUUGUCAUCGUUGUUAUUGUUGUCGUUAUUGUUUUUAUGGCUGUAUAUCUCCUUUUUUUGUGUUUAGUCAGUCAUUAAUUUCAGUUUUCUCGUCUUUUCAGCACACCUCUUUUUGGUAUCUUGGUAUUUUGGUGUUUUUUUUUGUUUUUUGUUUUUUUUCAUUUAGUUUAUUUAGUUUAUUUGUUUUUUUUUAUUUUGGGAAAAAAAAAGGCUGACUCUUAAGCUGAACUGAGGAGUCAUGUACAUUUCCAACACUCGUUCACCAUUUAUAACCUUUUAAACAGGAAUAAAAUGAAAGCCAGUCUAGCAACACUAGUGAAGAAUGGAAGCCCAGCUGAGACUGAAGGGGAGAGAGAGAGAAAAAGAGAGAGAGAGCAGCUGAGAGGUUUUAAAUGUUAUCAGAGUGGGUUUGGCUGCUGAGGAACUGAAGUGAUUGCUCCACAUCCUGCAGGGACGGACACACCCACGGUGAAAGUGCAUUUUUCCUCAACUAGGUUAUUCUGUGAUAGGAGUAGGAGUGUGCAUGAAUGUGUGAGUGUUGCGUUUGUUCAGCUGUUCUGUGAAGUGUGUGUGUGCUUGUGUGCUGACUGUGUGUACAACUUGGGUCUAGCACUGGAGCUAGGAGGCUAAUGUAGCUAACAUGUCUUUAGAAAUUUAAACCCACCAAUUAGAGAAUAGCGAAACAUCGAGCACUCAUUUAAAGCUAUAAUAAUAGAUUUGCGUAUGUGGUUUUUAUGUGGCUCACUUUUAUCUAUAAACAUGGUGUAGGUUGCACAAGAUGGACUAGUAUGAGAGGCACUAUACAUUGUGGGUCAGUUGACACUCUGACAGGGGAUAAUCCUAGUUGUGUAGACUAUAAUAUAUAUAUAUAUUUCAAUUGAAGAAUCUGCAUUCUGAAAUUCUCCUUAGUUUCCCUAGAGGCUGCAUCAUUUUAUUUAAGGUGGAACGGAAAAAUUAAAUAAAAUAAAAGCUAAUUUCAGUUCCUUAUAACUAGCAUAAAGAAAUCACUAAUAGUAUGUCUCUAUAGCUAGCUAGCUAAAAUGGUGCAACAGAGGCAGAGCAGAUUCUGCAUCAUUUAAGGUGAAAUGGAAAAAUAAUGUAAAAUGAAAGCUGAUAAAAGCUCAUUUCAGCUCCUCAAAACAAGCAUAAAGAAAUCACUAAUAAUACAUCUCGUUAGCUAGCUAAAUUUCCCAUUCCACCUUAAGUGUUGGAGCAGAGGCAGAGCAGAUGCUGCAUCAUUUAAGGUGGAAUGGAAAAAUUAAAUAAAAUGAAAGCUAAUUAAAGCUCAUUUCAGCUUCUCAGAACAAGCAUAAAGACAUCACUAAUAAUACAUCUCGUUAGCUAGCUAAGUUUCCCGUUCCACCUUAAAUGGUGCAACAGCGGCAGAGAAGAUGCUGCAUCAUUUAAGGUGGAAUGAAAAAAAUAUAUAAAAUAAAAGGUAAUAAAAGCUUGUUUCAACUACUCGGAACAAACAUAAAGAAAUCACAAAUAGUAUGUUUUGCUAGCUAGUAAAAUUCCCCAUUCCACCUUAAAUGGUACAAUAAAUUGUCCAAAUGCUUUGAGGGAUAAUUUUACUCCUUCACAUUAGAAAUGGGAUUGGGCGUAUAUGUAUGAAGCUUCAGCCAAACAGCUCUACUGCCCCUAACAGCAGGAAAGCCAAACGCCAGCUCAGUUAACUCCCAGUUAAACAAUGGCUCAGUUAAAAUGGUGUGUGAAGAAACACAUUGUUGGCUUUGGGUUUGUGCCAGACAGCAAUGAAGGAAAACGAGGCCAUGUUGGAUUCAGUUUUGCUUUUUAAAUCGAUCACCAGGAGUUCUCACUGGAGAAGAAAGAGGGUUUUGUUGCUUUUUUUAAGCUUUUGGACUUUUUAUAGAGACAGUAGAGGUAGUCAUGGCGACCACGGCGACUGGGCAGCUAUGAGAUGUCCAGUGCAGUCUUGCAUGUGAGAGCGCACACGCGAACACACACUUGGUGAUAAAUCAGUGGUUUGAUGUUUAAUCAGAUUUUAAUUGCUAAAUUCUGCAUGCUUAACAUCAAUAAACAAUGAAUGGAUAAAGGCAGCAUAUAGUCUGACCCGGUUCACAUGUGUCUGGAUGUUUUUAAAAACAAAAGCUUUUUUGAAGUAUAUUUCUGUCCACACAGCAAAGAAAAACACUUGAACUAGCAUGGUAAAUCUGUUUGGGGCGAUAGUAUGAUAGGAAUUAAAAGAGCAUGAUAAAGGAAGAACUCACAGAAGAUUAAUUACAAAUCACACACUACGCCCUAUGUAGUGUACUUUACAAGUCAAAAAAUCAUGGGUUCUAAUUCAAAACAGGGGGCUUUGAGUAGUCCAGCAGUCUAAAGCGCUUCCACUAUGAUUGGGGGAUCGCUGGUUCGAAUCCCAGUCAUGCAGCUUGCCAUCAGUUGCCACAGCCCUAAAAGAGCACAAUUGGUCUUGCUCUCUCUCUGGGUGGGUACAGUAGAUUACGCUAUUUCCCCUCAUCACUCCAAAGGGUGAUGUGGAUCAGCACAAGGCUGCAUCUGUGGGCUGAUGUAUCAGAACCAAGUUUGAGGGAGGCGUGUUCUAAUCUUAAUCUUCCUUCUGUUGUGGGAGAAAAUGUGAAAGGUUAGAAAGAAGGAAAAAAAAAAGCAACUGAAAACGACCUUAGUUUUUACAAAAAGCUCCGAUUUAAGUGACCAAAAACAGCAUUUUCUUGUGGAGAGGAGACCAAAAUCCAAACCUAUUUUUUUUUAAACUAUUAUUUAAUCCAGAUACAUGUGAACAGGCGCAUUUGUGUUCAGCUGUGCAGUCCUUACUUGUUAGCUACAUUAGCCUCAGGACUCAACCGAAGUGGAACUGUGGAAGCUGGUAUUUCAGUGAACUAUCGCUUCAGACUUGUAAAGAAAAAGAUUGACCAAUUGAUUCUUCCUUUCAGAGCACUUUUUUGGUUGGUGGUGCAUUAACUAUGGGAAAGCUACAGUCUGCAAAAGAUUUGGCACCCUGGUUUAAUAGCAUGUGGCGUUUUUUUCUUUUGUUUGUUGUUUUUGAGUGUAUAAAUUCACUAAAAGGAAUACACUUUUGCAGAGGACACUAUAUGGACAAAUGUAUGGGGACACACCCAAUCAUCAUUUCAUUUGAGUGUGUGAUUCAGUCCCGUUAGCACUGGUUUACACACAGUUAUAGUGAAAGAAUGGGGGAUUGUAAAGAGCUCACUGAGCUCCAGAGUGGUGGUGGUGAUUAUAAUUGAUAAGUAGAAGUCUUUUGGAAUGUGCUGAAGAGCAUAUCUACUGUUAGAGCAGCAAAAGAAUAGGUUCAGAAUAGGACGCUUAUAUAGGUGUCCUAAUCCUAUAUUCCAUAUAGUGUCUUUGAUGCACAAUUAUGUUUCAUUUUCUCAAUUUAGCGACAGGCUUGCGACCAAAAUUUCUGCAUAUGCUACAUUCCAGUGCAAAAACUCCUGAGGAACUGGCAUUAGGAGAGAUCAGAUGUUGAGUGAAUGAAGUGCCACGAAAGUAAUACUACAUUAGCGUGAAGUGUAUUUCUGUGUUGAUAAACCUGGAGCCCAGAGCACUUUCUUUAGCUGGAUCACAUGAGGGAAACACACGUACAUUCCGUGUGAACACCUGGACCAAUUUCUUCUGUUCUACACUCUUAAAAAUAGUAAAGGUGCUUUAAGUGCUUCUUUGAGUGAUUCCAUAAAGGAGCUGAUAACAUUCAGGCUGUGUUCACAUUACAGGGCUGAAGUGAUUUUGCAUUAGUAAAUUAGUUAAAACUGAUUUAUUAAGGGCUAUGUGAACAUGUCCAAUCCAUUCUUUUUCAGAUCAGAUUUGAGAUGGACACAAUAUAGAUUGUGUCUAUUUCAGGCAUGCUACAUGAAUAUAAAAGUGAAGAUUGGUUUUCAUGCAUCUAGUUUAUGACCUGUACAUACGUAAUUAGCGCAGUUGUCAUUGGACAGCACCAGUGUUGUGCUGAAUUUUACCUUAUUGCAUGCACACGUCACAUGCACAAAAUAUGGUGCAACAAAAUAUGUUUGGGAUUUCUAUUGUAUUAUUAAAACUAAAUAAUAAAAAUUAAACUAAUAAAAAUUAUUAGUAAUAAUAUUUUUUUGCUUGACAACAAACAUUCUUUUAUGGGUUGUUUCGAACACCAAAAUGUGCAUUAUUAUAUUAAUGUGAACGUCAAAAAAAUUACUGCCGUGCUCCAAACCUACUGUUAGUGUCCCAGUACUUUUGUCUAUAUAGUUUAUCUAAAACACAAUUAUAAUUAAAAAUUAAUUCAAAAUUUAACCAAAACCUGAGCCAAUCUGAGCAAAGAAUUGGAAUUUAUUAAUGUAAUGUGAACGUAGCUUUAACAUUUUUAAAUCUUCUUCAAACUUAACAACGUGGAUACUUAAAGAACCUCAUCACCCAAAAAUGCUUCUUUACUGCCGUCACUCAAAGAACUAAUUGAAGUACUUUUAUUUUGAUAGGUGUAGCUUAAUUUUUUGUUUCAUUCCUUUUUUUGUUGCUCUUUUUCUGUUCGUUUUUUCGUACACACCAGUUUGGAGAUUGAGGAUGGAGCCUUGUGUAUCAAUCCACUUGUUAAUUGUACGUUGUCUUAUUUUUCCUUAUUUGUUUUCUGUGAACGAUGAUUCCUCUAUUGUUUAAUUUAGUUUAUUUGUUUUUUGUUUUGUUUUUUUGGUUCUCGGUUUAAGGGUGGGAUUAGCGGGACCAUGCUGUAUGAGUGUGUGUGAAUACUUGAGAGAGUGAAAGAGUGUGUGUGUGUGUUUGUGUGGGGCAUGGUUCCCAGCCUGUGAAAUAAUAAAAAUAAAAAAAAAAACUGUGUAUGAUCUUUCUAUUUUAAUUUUAAACAUCCAUCUCAUUAAAGCCUCUUCUUCAGAUACCCCCCCCCCCUCAAACACACACAUGUAUAUGAAUGAUAUAUAAGUGUAUAAAUGUUACUGCACGUCUGCAGCUGUACCUGCAGCUGUUCUCUUGCUCCACUGUUGUAGUGCAGGUUCAGACUGAAGAAGAGGAUCUAUAUUACUGUACUGUUAAACUACACAACGCUGCGGCACUGUCUACUAUCAAAGAUAUUCAAUAAAAAUGUUUUUACAUACUC